CAGUUAAAGGCUUCUACAAAGAGAGCACGAGUCUUCGCCAGUCAAACCCCGAGGAGAAACGGAGCUGCCUGGGUAGAUCGUCGCUUCUCUUCGCGGAGGCGGGAUCUCAAAAGCCCCAAUCUUCGCGGCGCGUUGUGAGAAACGCUUGAGCGAGUUGCACAGCCGGUGGAGUUGCAGUCGAGCCAUGGUGAAAAUCGGCUUCCAGCCGGUUACACCAGCACUGAAGCCGGAGAAAGAGGCGGCGGUUGCAACGCGCCCUGGGGCCCCAGCAAAAGGCCUCGUCCUUUCUCAGGAUGCGGAGAAGCAGCCCUUAUCUUUGCCACAGCAGAGUUGGAGAUCUCUUACUUGCAUCUUCUUUUUGGCCCUGGGAUUUUUGUUGUUACUGCUCGGCUUGAUUUUAACAUCGACAUACAUCUACAAAUAUUUAUCUCUUACUCACUCAGUUGCUCACAUGGGCAUGGAUAUGCAAAGGACGGAGUAUUACAAUUAUGAGGAAGGAGGUUUGGAGUGUGAUUACUUUGAAUUCGAUGAUUCAUCUGAAAUUAGGACAGUGUAUGAGGAUGUGAAGAUUUACCUUGGAGAGGAUUAUGAGGAGAUCAGCAUCCCAAGGCCCAAUGUUGGGCAUCCUGCAGACAUUAUCCAUGAUUUUCAGCAGGGAUUGACUGCGUAUUAUGAUUGGGUAGUAAAUAAAUGUUACAUUGGAGAGCUAAAUACUACUAUUGUGAUGCCACUAAAGCAUUUCUGGGAGCUGACACUUAAUAUAAAGAAAGGGGAGUAUUUUCCACAAACCAACAUGAUCCACGAAGAGAAGAUGGUGACAGAACAUGCCACUGACCCAGAUCUGUUUGGCUCCUAUAUUCGUAAACUCUGCCAAGGCAAAGAAACCUUCAGAUUGGGCCAUAGGAUAGCAAGAGGAUAUAUCCAUCAACGAGCUACUGAGAAGUGUCAUCACAUUCGCCAUUUUGCAAAUACUUUUGUGGUUGAUACAGCAAUUUGCCAGCCACUGUGAGAACUGCCACUUAGAUGUUUUUGUAUCUUGGGUUUUGCUUCUUUCUUUUUGUAAGAAAAUUUCUAAGAAAAAAAACCCUAUCAUAGUUAUUGCUAAAUUGUUAUUUCACUGGUGUUUAAUACUGGGCCAGUGCUUUAUAUAUUAAUUUUCAUUAAUUUUUCAUAGUGAAGAGUGAUAAUAAAAAAACAUAAUAUAGUAUAGCCUUUUCAGAAUACAUGAUGUCCUUUAAGUCUAGAGCUGGGAACAGGACGAUAAAGGAAAAAAGCACAAGAAAAGUUGGAAUAGAAAACUUUGACAUAUUGUUUUUGUGUCUUUUGGCCUUUUUCAGACAAUAUUGUGUGAGCUACUUCUUUGUAAGAACAUCUGCUGAGUAUGUAAAAUGUAUACAAGAGUGCAGUAUUAAUAAAAUAUUUUUCCAACUUAAUAUUUAAA